AUGACAGAAAGCUUCUUUUUGCCUUCUCCGUACUUUAAAGCUUUAGAAAAUGCUCGGAGUUGGGUUUCUGCAGUGGACUGGAAGCAGCAAGAGUCCGAAGUCCUGGAGCUGCUUUCGCGGAUUCGCCAGAAGCUGACGAAGCUGCAAAUGUGGCAGAGCCACGGCGAAGCGCUGGGGGCCCCCCAGGGGCCCCCCAAGCGCAGGUGCAGCAGCUGCCGCUGCAGCUCCCCCUCAGAAUGUGAGGAAGCAGCAGAAGCAGCAGAGGCAGAAGCAGAAGAGGCAGCAGCAGCAGAAGAAGGGGCCCCUGAAGAGCCUGACAGCCAGACUCCUGCGGCCCUAGAAGACUCUCAAAGCCAUUUACACAACAUGUACAGCGACCCCGAAGCUAGCCAAUGCUCGAGGUCGUGGCUCUGCUGGCAUUCGUAUUGCUUCGACGACCGGACACAGACAGAACGUGACCUUCUAAGCAAGACGCACACAGGCCUGGAAGAGCUGGGACGCGCAAUGGACUUGGAAAUGGCUGCAGUGCCUCUCAACUGCAGAGAAGAUGAUGAUGUGCAAACCACUUCGGAUGUGCUCGCGCUGGGAGUGGGGACUGUGGAAAGAUAUCUUUGCUGCCUUUCGCUAAUUGCAGAAAGUCACCUCGAGACUUCUGCGGAGCUGCGCAUUCGAAAGCUGCGCAAACGAAUUCUGCGGCCUUGA